AAAGUUAGUGGUUGGUGAGCCCACCCUGCGUUUGCCGUGCGCCUCUCGGUCGUACACCUUUCGUCAGAGCACAACCGGACGCGGCCAAUUUACCACGACAAAGGGAAAAAGAUGGAGCGAGGGCCAGCGACGGAGGAGGUGCCGUCGUCGCCGUCGUGGCUGGUGGUGAGCAGCCCGAGGAGGACGCUGAGCCUGCUGAGGGAGCGGCGGGCGGCGGUGUCCAUCUUCGAUUCCAUAGAGAAGGGCCCGGGCUUCGCCGAGGAGCAUGGCCCCAAGCCCUCCGAGGUGUACGGCUUCGUCGGUUCCAUCACCACCGUUAUCGCCACCGUUAUCUUUUUGGUGUGGGCGUAUACCCCUGAACCCUGGUUGCAUUAUUUGGGGAUCACCUAUUAUCCCAGCAAGUAUUGGGCACUGGCAGUUCCAACUUUUUGUAUGGUAACGGUGGUUUUAAUGAUGGCUUUUUACCUGGGUUUAAACUUUAUGGUGACUCCACCUCCAACUUCCUUGAACACAAUGUUUGGGUUUAUAAUAACUUAUGAUUCCACUUGGUGUCAAAAUUACUGCUAAUAAAGGAAACUGGCAUGUUAUUCCAAACUUGUGAGCUUCAUAUGAAGGAGGAAUGGUUCUGAUGUUUUUUCAGUGGAAAAGAGGUUUUUAUAGAAGUUAGGUUGAUCGAGGAUGUUGGUCUCCCCGAGGAUGAAGGAAAAUAAUUCAUUUUGAUCCUCUAGAAGUUUGGUUUUACAAAAAGAUGUUAUCCAUGUAGAAGGACAAGGUAUUCUAAGCAAUUAUUAACAAAAGUUAUGAUGUGGAAAUUGGAUCUUGUAAUAUUUCAAUAAUUUUGGCAUGGGAGGAAGAGCAUUCCAGUAGGAAGAAGAUGUAUCUAAGGCUUUCUUUAUAAUUAAAAAAUUGGGUUGGCAGUAUUGAGGGUCGAGUUUAUCUUAUUUUAGAUGCUGCAGUUCUUCUGGUGCUUUUAUGAUAAAUAUUUUCGGUGCAGCUGAUUUAGGUUAGGUAUGAAAAGUCAUAUCUACUAUUGUUCUUAUAGUGGAUCACUUUCUCUUAGGUGGACUUGGUGAAAAAUGACCUCUUUGGACCUAAUUAUUUGGUGUUUGCCCUUGAACUGGUUGCUGAAUACUUGGUUUUUGAGGUGAUAGGUUUUCCGUUAGGUGUUCGCCUAUCUUCUCUAAUAAGUAGGAUCCAUACUCUUUUCUUCU